ACUCCCUCCCUACGCUUCCCUUCCAUUGUUUGGGCUUUGGUGAGAGGACUGACAGACGCUGCGAAUACCAUUGGAAUGUCCUAUGCUGUGGAAUGAUAUUUACAUAGGGUAAAGGCGUGUGUGUGCACCACCUGUCAACACCAGAACAGGAUGUGAUGUCUCGGCAAUAGCAGCUUCCUUACUCUGUCCAUCUUUGUGUUUUUGCGAGUGGGGGGCCCUUCCCCCCCCACUCCAAGGACCAGACAUGUUUGAAAUGAAACCUCGGACAGUGGAGAAGAAGGAGUCGAGCACAGAGACAGAUGAAGGGCUGGGCAGCAGCGGGAAGCAGUACGGCUCCGGCUCGCUGGGCUCCGGUUCGGCCGGGUCCGGGUCCAUGUACCUCUCAGACAGUCAGGACUGGGUUGUUUCCCCGAGCUGCUCUCCAGACGAAGGUCCUGGCCAGCUCAACGCCAUCUCCCCCAUGCUGGCCGAAGAAACCCUCCGCUACAUGACAUAUCUUGCUUUGGAGCCUUCUUCUUAUUCCCACCCUGGCUCUCAGAGCCUCUCCAAAGUCCUCAGUGCCGAUCGUGUGGAGCAGAUGACUAAGACCUACAAUGACAUCGAAGUGGUCACACACCUUUUGGCUGAGCGAGACAGAGACUUGGAGCUGGCAGCUCGGAUUGGUCAGUCACUUCUGCAGAGAAACCACCUCCUGCAGGAACGCAAUGAGGCCUUGGAGGAACAACUAGCACAAGCUGUGGAUCAGGUUCACCAGCUGCAGCAUGAGCUCAGUAAGAAGGACGAGUUGCUGCGGAUGGUGGCCAGCGCCUCGGAGGAGAACGAGACCGACUCCAGCGUGUCCACCCCCAUGCGGCAACCUCAGCAGCUGGGAGGAACCGCUGCUGCUGCACUAAACCAGCUGGAGUCUCUGCAGAACAAGCUGCAGGAGCUGGAAGAGGAAAACGUGAUGCUGAGGUCUGAGGCGUGCCAGCUGAAGAGAGACACUAUGACGUAUGAGGAGAAGGAGCAGCAGCUUGUCAGCGAUUGUGUCAAGGAGCUCCGCGAGUCCAACAGCCAGAUGGUGUCCCUGACAGAUGAGCUGUCUCAGAAGAACGAGGAGCUGCUCAGACACCAGGAGGAAAUCGCUCAGCUGCUCUCCCAGAUUGUAGAGCUGCAACGCAGAGUGAAGGAUCUGGCUCUGGAGAAAGAGGAGCUGAGGAUCCAUCUGCAGGCAUCUAAAGAGGCUCAGCGACAGCUCACCACAGAGCUGAACGAGCUGGCGGAGAGGAACGAUGAGUGUGUAGAGAUGCUCCACGAAUACCAGGAAGAGAUCAAAGAACUUCGCAGCAAAAACACUCCUUCCACAGGGCUGCGACGGCAUCACUCCUAUGGCCUCUACCCUAUGGAUUCUUUGGCGGCAGAGAUUGAGGGCAGUAUGAGGAGAGAGCUGAGCGUGGAGGAGGAAACUGCCUAUCAGGACCAAAGAAUUUCCCAGAAGCGAGUCUUCCAAACGGUUCGCUCGGUCAACGCCUCUGUAGUUCGAGCCUCUUCGGCCACACCACCUAUCCCUGGCUCUGGUCAGAGCUCUCUGGUGAUGACAGCCCAACCCUUCCAAUCUACUCAGGGGGACGAGGUGCGAAUGGGCCAGCCCGGCUCUCCAGGAGGAAAUGACCUCAACAAAGCACUCCACCGCCUGUCGUUGCGGCGACAGAACUUUCUGUCCGAGCGACAGUUCUUCCAGGCUGAGCGUGAGAAGAAGCUACAUGCCCUGGCAGGGGCGGAGGCAGACAGGGAGGGCAGCGGCUGCAGCUCGCCGAUGGGCAGCGUGUUCUCCUCCUUCUCCAACCUGUCGGAUAUCUCAAUCAGCUCCAGCGUUUUUAAGACCUUCCUGCCUGAGAAGCUUCAGAUUGUCAAACCUAUGGAAGGCUCACUGACGCUCCACCACUGGCAGCAGCUUGCCAAACCCCACCUGGCAACUAUCUUGGACCCACACCCUGGGGUUGUUACCAAGGGUUUUCGGCCUCUAGCUCAAGAUGCUGUGUACCACCUCUCUGACAUGGAGGAGGAUGAGGAGAGCGAAGAGCAUGAAGAUAUUGCUGUCCUUGAGAAAGGAGCUGCAGAGCAGGGGAAAGAAGAUGUUGAUGAGGAAGAGGAGGAUAGAGGGAUUACCUUCAAGGUACACUGUUCAUCUACACCUGAAGAAAAGAAGGACAGAAAAACCUCUGUGGCAGUUCUCCCAACCCCUGUUGUCUCCUCGACCCUGCCGGCAUCACCUGUUGUGCUGUCUGCCUCCUCUUCGGUCCAACCAGACCUCGGUCAUGUCACUGGGAAAUCCAGUUCAUUUCAGCCCAUUCCAGGAGUUUCCGCAGCAACGGUUCAAUCACAAAGUCCAAUUUCCACUCCAACAUCAACAGCAUCUUCAUGCGUUCAAAAUCCUGGAAAGUGUCAGAGCUCCACCUUCUCUACCUACACCAUCACAACCUGUCGCAUCCUGCAUCCUAGCGACAUCACACAGGUCACCCCAAGUUCCCAGUCGUCUCUUUUGGUCAAUACGCCCAGCUCCAUGAGAACAGGUCCAAGUACCCCUGUUACACCCUGCAGACUGAGUCUCGGUGACUCCUUCCCCCCUCGCCGUCCCCCAACACGUCCCAGCGGCUUGGCCAAGCUGGUCAUGGAGAGGGGCAUUUCUGCACAAGUUUCCACGGACACCCCACCUUCAUCACCGAGACCUGCCUCCCUGUCCCGGCCGCCCCUGAUGUGCCUCCUGCCAGGCACUCCGCCUAACUCCCCCUCUCAUUCGCCUGCUCCUUCCCCUGUGCCUAUGGAGCCCCGCCAACACCCAGCUGACAAUUUCCUGGCUUCGAGACCUGCAGAGCUUUUUCUCCAAGAUGUUUAUGGGUUGAACCUGGGCCGAGCCCCUCAUCCUGACCUACCGAGCCCCUCCAAAGAAACAACAGCCCUCAUCUUGUGCCCUAAAUCUGGCCAAGCCAAGCCCAACCCGGUCAGCGUUGGUCUGGUAGAGAGGCUCCGGAGGCUAGGAUUCGCCAAGGUGCUGCACGGCUCAGAGUCCGAUGCUUCAGCACCCCGCCAUGAUUCGGCCACUUUUGUGUCGGCAGGUGGAGGAAGCCUGUUGGACGGCCUUAGGCGCAACCAGAGCCUUCCAGCCAUGAUUGGUGCCCAAGCGGGGCAUAUGUCAGCAGGUAAUCCCAGACCUCCACCUCAUCCCACCUCUCUGGCUAUUCCCCCACCACCAUGGGGAAAUCUUAAAGAGCGACGGCGGCAUCUCGCCUCAAUCUCACAUCCUCCGAGAAGUUCAGAGAAGCACUGACAGGAGGAGCUGGGUGCCACAGGCGAUGACAUGACCCUCUUUAUUUUGACCUUCAUCCCAUAGAUAAUGAGGGCAUCGGUGGAAAGAACAAUCCCUCAGUUUUAUGACAUCAUUUUAAAGCACAAUUUAACUUGACUGUUUUUAGUGAUGCUAAUCAGUGUGUGUCUGCCAUGAUGCUAGGCCUUAGUGGGUUAUUCUGUUCAGUGAGGCCCUGGAUGCUCAGAUACAGAUAGAGGGGGAAGAAAGAAAAGCAUAGAGGUGAAUGAGGGUUUGUGCAAGUGAUAAAAUGAGUAAGAAAAGACUUUUAAAGAAAGUGAAAGCACGUUUAUUUUAGAAGAUAAAUGAAGGUUAAAUGAAAGAUUGAGUGUCCAGGAUCUUAAUGUUCCAAGGGCUUGUUGUGUAGAACGCUGUAAAAACUUUAGUCUAAUUGAACUGUAACAUGCUAGCCUACUACACAGCUGUAAGAGCAAACUGCCAGGCUAAUCUUAUAGUCAGAACAUGCUUUUGAACAUGCCAGUAUUUUAAUAUUUAUAUAUAAAAACUUAACAGUUGUCCAUUGUUGCAUGGAUGUCUGGUAGCCGUCCAUGUGCCGUGGCCAAGCGUCUGCAUGAACAAUAACCUUGCCUCCAGGUCCCAGCAUGCAUCUGUCAGCAGACAGGUGGGACCAGACUUCAGGCAAGGUCUGAACCAAAUCGGACGCCAAAAGAAAAAAAAAUUAGAAGGAUGAUGGGUCUGUUUCCCUUCAGGUUCUUGCUUUUUAAUGGUAUGAGGCCUUAAGCUGAGGCAGGGACCGAUCUGAAGUUCUCAGCUUCUUCUUUUUUUUUUUGUUUUCAGCCAUCUUGCUUGUCUCAGGCCUGCGAUGCAUUCAGGUUUAGUAAAAUAAGGAGAAAAACCACCGAUUUAUCAUUUUACUCGUGUUUCAAAGGGUUUAAAAAGGUGCCAUGAAAUGAGACCAAAUAUCUGCAGUUCACACAUCAACCAGCAGGUGGAGCCAUUUAGGCAUCUACAUGCUACUUGUAUAGUUUUAGGAAAUUAAACAUAAGAAAACUUGUUUUAUUAGUUUUUUUUGUUGUUAGCUUGACCAGUGAGAACCCUCAGCCUUAGUACUCCUGCUCCUAAAUGCAUCAUCUAAACCCUCCAACUGAGUAUCUGCACUUUGAAUUUAGUGUUUUAAACUUUAAAGUAUAUUAAUCCUAACAUUGACAAACUUUUGCAUAAUGCGUGCCUAUUGUAAAAAUGUCUGCUAACCUUUUUGUCAUGUUUUAAGUUAUGCAUCUUGCUUUCCAUAUGAAGGGAAUUCAUGUUAAGCUAAAGUGACCGAACAUUUUAUAAAAGAAAAACUUUCGGCUGAAUGCCUCAUAUUUAGAGGAUUAGAGGGAAACAGCAAGCGCAUUGUGUAAAGGUUUUACAUUUGUCAUAUCUUGUCUUUUCUGUGAGUGUCUGUCUAAAAUCUAAAAUGUACAGUGAUUUUUGUUCAUGCCUCCCCUCUGUGAUCAGGAUUCUCUCAUUAUUACUAAUUUUGAGUUGCCUCUUUUUCUAAAUAAAGUAUUGCAAACAA